CUGCCUGAACGUGUUAAACUCAAAAACUACCCAACGUAUUAAGAUGAAACUUGGUAUGGAGAUAGUUUGAGACCCUGGGAAGAACAUAGGCUCCCGGGAAAAUAUAUAGCGAGACUUUUAAAACGGAAAACUUUAGCCCGAACAACUUUAUAACGCGGGCGGAGCCGCGAGCAAAAGCUAGUUGGUAAUAAAAUUCUUUCUUUCUAUCUAAGCAACAGUUUACUGGAGUCUGAAAGUUGGUAACUUUAUCAUUAUUGUUAUGUAGGUAUCUGUAAAGAUAUAUCUAAGUUCUGUAAAGAUGCGAGGCUGUGAAGCCACAUACACCCAAAACAUCUCCAUUAAUAUAAACGUGUAGGUAUAACUCUUUAGAUAAGCAUCUAUAGCAGAAGCAAAGUAUGUUCGCUGCAAAAUAACAUUAUACCACGUUCCAUCUAAAAAUAAUACGCAUGCGCAUGCGCAGUAGAUAUGUUCGUCAAUACUUGUCGGCAUAAUACUUUCUUAUUUUUAUGUUACAUCAUUUUAAUUUGGAUACAUUGUAUGUACGCAUAAUAUAAAAUCGUAAUUAUCGUUUUUAAGUGAUAAUAACUAUCUAAGUGGAAUAAUAAAUACAUGACAAACAAUGGUUCAGUCAAACUAUGGGAUGAUUUCGCGAUAUAAACAACCUCCAAAGUUAGAGGCCUUGGCUUUGAUUAACUUAGGAAAAUGGAUCGCCGAACAAGCGGAACUACGAAUGGCACCAAUGGCAAUGCUCUCCCAAAAGGACACAAGCGCAGCACAAUUAGCAUUAACGAAAAGUAUAAAUGCUAUACGCACUUAUUUGGAAUACAAUGUUCCAUGGAUGCUCCAUGAUUUGUUAGCCACCGAAGCCAUAAAAGCAUUAACUGAUCUUUUAGAAAAAACCAAACGCUCCUUAGGUUUCCGCGGGAGUAUGGGGAAAUUUGUAAGUCAAAUGAAUGUGAUUGUAAGAAUGGCCGAAACACUGUUCAAUAAAUAUUUAACAGUCGUUUCUAUUGAUAAUAUUCCAAAGAUGUUACGGCCCGUAUUUUAUUCAAAAUUAUAUAUGCUUAAUGGAUUAGUAUAUUUGAACUUGGGAUCAUUAUCAGGAGGCUGGAAAACAGCCGACAUGGAGGACGCUGUCAUAAAAUCUUUAAAAGAACUUCAUUGUCUUAAAUAUUUAUUCAUCAAUUAUGAUUGUACCGAUAAUAUAUUACGAUGUAUUGUGAAAAAUUGUCCACAACUUGUAAAGUUGGAUGUUUCUAGUUCAAAGUGUAUUACAAAUGAUAGUAUAGACAUAAUAUCAAAGUUAAAAAAUCUACAAUCCAUACAGCUGUAUAGAACAUUCGUCACGCUGGAUGGUUUUGUUAACUUGCUUUUAAAAUGUAGAAAUAUUCAGGAUGUUGGUCGAUGCGACGAAAUUGGGAAAGUGUUGGAACACAUUGAUUCGUAUUAUCCAGAAUACAGUUCGUUUAAUUUAACUACUUACGUAAGUCGCUACGCAACUUUAAAUCAAUUACAAUUAGCUGUUCAAAUGUGUCCAAAUAUAAGAAGUAUGACUGUUUUUCACAACACCCUACAAAGUGACUUAAUGGUAUUGAUUGGUUUACAACAUUUGAGAGAUCUGAAACUGUUAUCAUGUGACUUCUACGCUGACCAAGUAAAACAAGUUCUUCAAGUUAAAGGCUGUAACAUAAUAAAUUUACAUUUGGAACAUGUUGAUCAAAUUGAUUUAAAUGCAUUAAUGUACAUAAGCCAAAUGUGCCCCCUUUUAGAAAGCUUAACAUUAUAUAAUUGUACAUUAAUACAACAUACUUCACUGUAUACAAGGAAAUUAGAAAUACCACCGUUUAGGAAUCUAAAAAAAAUGACUUGUGUAUCUACAUGUACGGACGACCAACUGUUAUUCCUUCUUACUAAUUGUUUGAACGUUGAAUUCAUACAUAUUGGUACAGCUGUUCAACUAACUGAUGAAUUCAUGUUUAAAAUUUUAGAUAAAAAUCCUUUAAUAUAUUUGAAGGAAUUACGGAUAAUGCAGUCAGAUUUUUUGACAAUGUUAUCGAUAGACAGGAUUAUACAAACUUGUAUUAGUUUAGAAAUACUGGUAGAAUUAGAAAGUUGGUCUUUGAUAACAGAAAACGAUCGAGAGUAUAUCAGAAAUUAUAUAAAGAUCAAUAAUUUCAAUAUUGACACGGAGCCAAUACGUAGAUAUGAUAGUUGACAAAAUUAAAACUCUAAACCUAAGCACUGCUUAAAAUUGUUUUUAACUUUUUUGUCCCAGCACGGCAAAAUAUUUGUAAAUCAGAUUGUAACUAAAGUAAAAACGAGUCCUUUUACAAACUCUAAUAACGAUUAGUGAUCAAUCUUUGACGGUCGCUAUUGCUACUUUGGGAACAAUUCGUACUCUUUUGAAGGCAUCCAAUGAUACUUAUCUAUCUGUGUAAUUAAAUUACUCUGGUAGAAAGAUACAAUUAUUCGUAUGAGGAUUCCGCCUUCGGAAGCCAUUUACUUGGCUUUGGAUGGAAUAAAAAUGAAAAUAUAUUUUAGUAAGUAAGCUAUCAAAUUCAUUGUGUAACUGAUUUAUAUUAUGUAAAUGUGUCUGUUUUGAAAUUAUUAUUAUUUUAUUAUAAGUUUUAUCAGUUAUACACUGCAAACUAAAAUAAAUCAUAGGUAUUGUGCAGGUACACUUUUUUGAUACUUGGUAUGUAAUCGAAACUAACACUUAGGUAUUAGAAAUAAACUUAGGUAUAAAGUACAUGUAAUAAAUUAUUUUUUUACGAUUUUA